AUGCAACUAAUCAGCUCACAACAGAUAGACCCGAGCCUUCUCCCUAGAUCCAAAAACGCUCUAAGCAAGAUUAGCAAGAAGGCUGACUAUGCCCUCUCUUUCACUUGCCGCGAUGCCUCGGUGCGAGGUUUCUAUGACAAGAUAAGCCUUGGCGGGCAUGGCUACCAGAUAAGCCAAACAACAGAUGCUUUCACGAAGCGAAUACUCUUAUUCUCAGGCAUGGAGGUCAAAUCAGAUGACGGGGGCAAGAAGGAAGCGCUUGCGCAGUUGGCGAUCUGGCUUGCUGCCGGUUUAGAGAAAGUCCGUCAAUUGGGAGAGCAGGUAAGGGCUGAGGGCGAGGAUUCUAUUAAUUGGCUGCUUCCGAGCCUCGGACUUACUAUUAUUGGUCACGACUGGUAUAUAUAUCUAGCAUACAAAGUUAGCAAUGAAGUGCACGUGGUUGGCCCGAUCAGCGCCAUUGUUACUGAUACUCGGACGAUAUACGGCAUACUGAAAGUUCGUGAUCUGGUCAAAAGGGUCGCGGAGUACGCAAGCCAAGUGUACUGGCCUUGGAUACGUGAUGAAAUCCUACAUCCGCUGGCGGCAUAA